AUGUACAAGGUUGUGAACCUAAGGUCAUUCUCGUUCAAGUCGACAUCAACCUCAAACCCUCGACUUGCUCCAUCAUUGAUUGACCAUACUUGGAAUGACCCAAAUCAAAUCCUCGUACAUGCUCACAAGAUGUUGCUUUACUCUCUGGGCUCGAAUGUGGUACCUGGCGAGGUACAUCCACACAUCACAUCAUUGGUACUGCCACUUCAUGAAUCUUUUACAGCAAUAUCAUCAAUGCCCAAUGUCCGAGAAGUAUUGAUUGACGAUGAAAUCAAUUCCCAGUCACAUGAGAAAUGGGACAUCAAGAUGGAGAAUCUCCAGCGGUUCUACUCUCGCAAUGAGGAUGGGAUUGCACAAAUGCCCUACACACUGACCAUCAACACAUACGACUUGUCCAUUGUAUCUGAACUUCUUCCAAAGUGCUCCGCACCAAUUACUUCAAUAUCAAUUCGUCUCAACUUUAUCGACAAAUUGAUCUUAUUUGAGGUGACUGGAACACUUCGAUCACAACUUGAUGCACUGAAAUCAUAUCUCAACAAACCAAUAUUCUCCAACGUCCAAUCAAUCUCAAUCACAGUUGUCAACAACCCUCUGAACGAGUCAUAUCACCAGCUAGGACAUUCCAUUGAUGAAGUGCGUAUCAAUUAA